AAAAAAAAAAACGUGAUUAAAACGUGAUUACAUCGUUCGACACGAUCCCACAUUUUAUUAAUCACGGAUUAAUUGUUCAUUGGCGGACAUUGGACGGCCUCUCGAAGCGGAGAACAAGUUUCUAUUUACUCGAGAUCGAAUCUUUCCGCCUAACUUCUGACUAAUUCUGAUCGAUUAAUACUGAUUGGCGCAGAAAGCGAGUUGAUCGGCGCGUUGACGAAACAAAUAUACAAGGUUGAGUCUCAAAUGCAAAAGGCGCAAUCCGAUUUAAAGAGGAGCGAAGAGCAGAUAAGAUUGAAGGAUCAGGAAAUUUACAAGAUGAAACGAAAGGUUCGACACAUUUAUUUCAUUUUGUCUCGUCUCUCGUCGCGAUUCUCCUCGUCCACUGCGAUCGAAAUUUCAAAUUCCUUACAGAUCAAGGACUGGGAAAUCAAGAACAAGAACCAGGAGAGUUUGCGAAAGAAGGAGCAGCAACAGCAACGAGUUCAAGCCGACCAGUCGGAAUAUCUCUACAGAAGGUGUCUGAUGCUCGAGCAGAGGAUCUUCGAGAUGGAGAAAUUCUUGGCCGAUUAUGGUCUGAUCUGGGUUGGCAACUCAACGAACUCCCCGAAGUAUCCUGAAACGAUCCUCAAGUAAAUCGAGUAUACGUUACUAUUUCAAUCCAUCGACAUCCGAUCGAAUUAAUGAUCAGUUAACCGUGCCUUUUAGCAACACCAUCGAGACGUAUUACGACCAGAUUAUCGCAAACAUCGACCAGCUGAACCUGGCCGCUGGGAAGGGUGAAGUUCACGUGCAACAUAACGAAAGAGGGAACGGAGCCUCGUUCAAAGUAAAUUUUCCUUCAUACUUUCGAUUCUUUUUCCCCCUUCCUCCUCUCUCUUUCUCUCUCUCUGUAACUUUUUUCGAAAAUAUGCAAUUUAUCAUGAUUUACGAUAUGAAAAAAUAAUUAUUUUUAAUUUGUUUGUCGAAUGUUACGAGAUGAUCGGUAGAUUGAUCGUUGCAUGCUCUGAUGAAACAUUGCGUUACGUAAUCAGAGGUUUUCUUCAUCCACAUUGGGCGUUAAUGGCCGCGUUACAUCGUGAUAUUCGCACUUGUAUCAACGAGGUAUAUCAAUUUUCACUGUCGAUCGUUUGGCAUGGGUGUAUUCAAAUGUUGACAGUUGACGUUAAUCGAAGAAACCGGUUACGAGUGACAAUGACGAGUUACGAGCACGUGUUACGGAGAAAAUAUAUAGUCGUGGCACAAUUCUAGCCGUUAAUUGAGUCGUGGUU